UAAUGAAGAGAAAGCGAAUUGCUAGUCGAUUGUUGAACGUUUUUCUAUUGGUGGUUCUGUGCUAUCUAAUAUUUACUACCAUUUCCGAUCGGAAUAAAGCCAUAAGCAUAAGCGAAGUGCCCCAGAUCUACAUCAAUGAGGAAGAUGAGCUCUUUGUCAACACCACGGGAUGUCGAAUAAGUUCGACGAAACCACUUUCGCUUUUUGCCCUGCCCUUCAUGGAACCCAUUGAACCCAUUGUAUGUAGAAUGGAGCAGCUGUUGGUUGCAGAGACAAUUGGAGACAGGAAUUACUUGGUGCGUAACAUAUCGAGGCCUGGGAUUCUCUCAUGGAGGCAAGUGUCCUGCAUUUAUCGGCAGUUUUUGAGGGUCGAUGACGCACACAACAAGUAUAUAUCCUUGAAGUUUUUCAAGCUAAGCGAUGGAACGAGAUACCUUAAGGUGGGCACUGGCUUGCAAAACAUUCGAACUUGGUGCUGGGUGGACUUUGGCAGGAUCAUUUUCCACGACGUUCUCUAUUUCCUGCCACCACCGCCCCAGGCUACAAACAGAUCUACAGAACUUCAGGAGAGAAAGCUAUCCGUGAUGAUCCUGGGAGUCGAUUCCAUCUCUCACAUGCACUACAUGCGAUACUUUCACCGCGUUGCCGAAUUCAUCGAGCACCUGCCACACACCGAAUUCUGGGGCUAUAAUCGCGUUGCCUUGAACACAUAUCCCAACUUGAUGCCUCUGGUAAGCGGACUCAGUGUUUCGGAGAUGGAGGCAUCUUGCUACACGGGCGAAUUGAGCUUUGACAAAUGUAACUUCUUGUGGAAUGAAUUCAAGAGGGCGGGGUACAGCACCAUCUUUGCAGAGGACACGGAUACCGCAGGGCUUUUUAUCUACAGAAAGAGGGGCUACAAGAAGCAGCCCACCGAUAUUUACAUGCGUCCUCUGAUGGUUGAGAUCGAAUCUCAUUCGUUAUAUCGCACCAAAUUCGAUCUAAAGUGCACAGGGCAUCGUCUCUAUGGAGAGUUUUACUAUGAAUUCGUCUCGAAGUUGAUUCCACACUUGGAACGCCAGUUAUUUUUCUCAUUUUUGUGGAAUAUGCACGGUAUACACGACGUCUUUCAAUUUGCCAAGCUUGUGGAUAAGGACUACCUGAGUAUAUUGACCAGGCUACGCGAAAGGGGAGUGAUGGAGAACACGCUGAUCCUGUUUAUGGGUGAUCAUGGCUUGAGAUUCGAUAGAUUCGCCCGAACUGCUCCGGGACAACAUGAAAUGUCGCAGCCGCUCUUGAUUGCCAUCUAUCCCGAAUGGUUAAAAAGGAGAUUUCCCCUCGCCAUGUCGAACUUGGAACAAAACGCCAGAAGUCUCAUUACCACAUUUGAUCUGCACAAAACUCUCGAGGAUGUGAUCCAUCUUGAUCGGCUGACCGAUGCCAAUAUAAAGAAUAGAACGCUUAAUUUGGUGAACGAGCGCGGAAUCAGUUUGUUUUUGCCCAUUCCUCAGAACAGAGAUUGUCAAACCGCAGAGAUACCAAAACACUAUUGCCUCUGCAACAAACUAACCUCGGUUUCCACCCACGAAAGUUCCGUUCAAGAGGCUGCCAGUUUCGCAGUGGACAGGAUCAAUGAGCUCAUCAAGCCAUAUCCGCAGUGCAGAAUUCUAAGCCUGAAGGCAGUUCGCGCCGCCUAUCGCGCCAAAGAUGACUAUCGGGGAAACUACAGGCUGUCGCAGAUUAUGGUACGCCUGAAAACGACGCCCGGGGACGGAAACUUCGAUGCCACCGUUCUUAUAACCAUGCUUAAUGGUGAGAGGAAGGAUAUGCAGCUGGGAGGUCCUGUGACCAGGACCGAUAGAUACGCCCAGCAGGCCUACUGCGUUCAAAACUAUCGCAUUGAAAUGUACUGCUAUUGCUUAUGA